GUCAGUGAGGAGAGGCGUAUUUUGUGUUAUUCCCUCUCUUAUUACUUACAAUAUUUAUCUCUAACCUCAAUUUGAUCAUUUUUGAUUGGUGUUGCAUUCAAUUGUUUAUCGAAGUAGUACUUUGUUUCGAAAGAGAAUUUCGGCAGUCAUGUCAACCACAUCAAAUGAUUUUGCGAUUAAAGGUAUUUUGAUAGCUGGUGAACAGUUGUAUUUGAAGGAGAAGAUGUCCGAUUUUCAUUUCAUUUGUAAGUCAGCCGAAGGUCAAGAUGAAGAAAUUCCGGUACACACAUUUCUUCUGGCCAGUGUCAGUGAUGUGCUUGAUACAAUGGUCAAUAAUUGGGAUAACAUCAACGCUGUCAUUACCGACGCCACAUCCGCUGAAUUCAAAGAAUUUUUGCAGUUCUUCUAUUUGGGACGGGCAAAAAUAACAAUGAACAACGUUGCAAAGGUCAUGUAUCUCGGCGACAAAUACAAUGUACCCGAAUGUUUGAAUGUAUGUACGAAAUUUCUACGUCGAACUCUGACUGAAGAGAACGUUUGUUGGGGAUUGGCACUUGCCAUUCUCUAUCGUCAAGAAGAUUUGAAACGAUACUGCAAACUGAUGGUCAGCACCAAUAUCAAGACGGUUUUUGCAUCGAACGGUUUUUUGGAAUGCGAGAAAGAGGUGCUUGAACAUAUUUUGAAAAUGGACUCUUUGUCAUGCACCGAAGUAGAAGUUUUCAAUGCGUGUAUCGUGUGGUUGAAAAGUGCCAGUGGCGAAAGCGAAUUGACAAGAGAAACGGUACAAAAUCAUCUCGGCGACCUAUUCUUUCAAAUUCGCUACCGAUCGAUGCCAUUUGCAGAUUUUGCCGAAAUCGUUUCAUCUUACGGAGGCCUUUUUUCACUUGAUGAACACCAAGAAAUUGUUCAAUUAAUCGGAAUUCAAAAUUAUCAAGCGAAUUUAUUCAACGGAAAUCUCCGGGAAGGUUUUGUUACCCAUAAACGCACCAAUCUAGAAAAAAUCAAAUGUUCACGUGUGGUUACAAAUAAUAUUGUGAUUUCGCCAUAUUUAAUCAAAAACAUGGAAACCACCAGAUUCUCGACCAAUGAACCACUGGUAUUGAAAAUGUUCACAUGUACUGCACUAACUUUUAUUGAAAACAAUCAAUAUAUGCAUCGCAGCGAAUCUCUACCAUCAGAAAUGACAAUCGUUGAAAUGUCUGAUUCGACAAUGCUUGGCAACGAAGUGGUUCUUUAUAAUGCAAUGAUUCGUUUAUGCUCGAUUUCGCCGACUGAAGUGUCAUUGACCAAGUCUGUUCUCCUAAAACCUGGAUGUCUGUAUGAAAUUCGCUUCAAACAAGACCCACCGACCAAUUGUUGCACCUUCAUACAAAUGAGUUCGGAAAUGCAUUUGCAAUCUGAUAUCGUUAUACAAUUUCAUAGCGAUCUGAAUGUGUCGAACAAUGAUAUUGGCGAUCAAUUAAUUUGGGGAUUAAUUCAAGAUUUCGUCUUCAUCAAAAUUUGAGGUGAGAUGAUACGAUGGUGAAGAGGAAAGAAGCAGAUGAAAAUACACACAUGUGAAAAUUGCCGAAAAUAUAGAAAUCAUAAUACUAAUUAGAUUACUGUUAUUAUUGAAAAUUAUGCCUGAACAAAUUCAAGGUCAUUCAAGGAAUGUAAUUAAAAUUAUCAUCUUUUGCUUCAAAAUAAAAUUGAAUAAAAUAUAAAACGAACAUCAAA